AUGUUCAAGUUGUUGUUGACCCUCGCCCUGAUCGGCUUCGCCACCGCUAAGCCUAGCCCUAAACCAUUCUCCGGCUACGCCUAUCUACCUCCUGUGUCUCAACAACUCGCUCCAGUGGCCCAAGUCGCUCCAGUGGCCCAAGUCGCUCCAGUGGCCCAAGUCGCUCCAGUGGCCCAAGUCGCUCAAGUAGCCCCGGUCGCCCAAGUAUCGCAAGUGGCUGUGACCCCCGUAGCUCGCGUCGCCCAAACUGUGCCAGUACAACAAGUUGCCCACUAUGCUCCUGUAGCUCAGGUAGCUCAAGCUGCCCAGGUCGCUCAGGUAGCGCCAGUAGUAAAAACUUGGUCUACCCCUGUCGCGUCUGUACAGCAUGUCGCCCCUGUAGCAUCCGUGCAGCAAGUUGCCCCCGUUGCUUCUGUGGCACGCGUAGCUCCCGUAGCCUCUGUGGGCUACCCUGCGUAUUCGACCUACAGUGUCGCUGCCCCUGCGUACUCGACCUACACUGCUGCCGCUCCUGCCUAUUCGGCCUACACCGCCGCAGCACCUGCCUAUGCCACCUACACAGCUGCUGCCGCCCCCGUCGCCUACACUUACGGAAACGGCCUCGACUUCGGUUUCUGGAAGAAGAAGUAA